UUACAUAUAAAAAUUUAUUAACGUUCAUUCAAACAAUUGUGAAAUCUAAGAUCAGUACGUUAAGUAUCAGAAUCGAUUGCCAAACGGAAUUAGUUUGCAUAAAACAAAAAAAAAACGCUUCUCGGCAUAGUUACGUUUCGCGGUUCGAUGUGUGUGCACACAUUACGAAAAAUUUAGCUGUCAUAUUUAAUUCGGUGUUUUUCCUUAAAUAUUUAUAAUGUCGAUCGUCAAAUCGAUAUUUUUCCUUAUUUUAAUGCUAAUCGAUAAGCCAGUGACACUAUCGAUAAACAUUACCUCGACUCUAAUCGGGCUACCAGAAGACGCAAGAUUGAACUUCACGCAACUGGCCUACAAAUAUGGACUCGUCGUUAGAGAAUAUGAGGUGAUCACUGAAGACGGAUAUAUAUUGAAACUCUUCAACAUACAAGGGAAUAAGAAACGACCUGUUUUACUUGCACACGGUAUAUUUGGAACAGCUGAUAUUUAUCUGCUAAGAGGCAAGACGUCGUUAGGGUACAUCCUAGCAAAACAGGGUUAUGAUGUGUGGGCACUUAACGUGCGAGGAUCGAGGUAUUCCAGGAAACAUUUGACACUAGACCCUGAUAAGGACAAGGCAUUUUGGAACUUCAGCUUCCACGAGCACGGCUAUUACGACCUACCGGCGAACAUCGACUUCAUCUUGCAGUCAACCGGCCAAAACCAGCUCAGUAUUAUCGGUAUUUCUGAAGGGACCACCAUAACUUUCGUACUGGCUAGUAUGAGACCGGAAUACAACGAGAAAAUCAAUGUAUUCCUGGCUUUAGCACCGGUUGUGUAUCUACAGAAUUUGGAGCCUCCCUCUUCUAUACUACUGCAAUUCAGCGCAGAGAUCAACGACCUUCUAACCGUAUUGGGCUUCGAGGAGCUCUUUGGCUAUAACUCAAUAUUUAAGGCGAUUUACAACAUAAUCUGCGGUCAGAGAAUCGGAUACGACUUGUGUCUGAAAAUAGGAUUCUUCCCGGUGACCGGGGCGGAUGCGGACGAACUAGAACCUGAGUUCUACUACACUACAAUAGGACAGUUCCCGGACGGAACUUCGAGGAAGAAUUUGGCUCAUUACACACAGGUGGGUAGGAGAAGGAUUUUCGCGCAAUACGACUACGGGAGAAGGAUGAACUUAGACAUGUACCAGUCCGCUGCGCCGCCGGAGUACUCUUUAAACAGGGUGACAAUCAAAGUGGUGCUUAUUUGUGGGAAAAAUGACAAACUGUCCACGUUAAAAGACGUUCAGAUAUUGAAGGAUAGACUCCCUAAUGUUAUAGGUUUUCGUGUCAUGGAAUCGAAUACGUUCAACCAUUUGGAUCACGUUUGGGGACGUAACGUACACAAAGUCUCUUAUCCGUUUAUCAUUAAGACGCUAAGAAAGUUUAAUUGA